GGACUGAAGAAGAAGAAGAAUAAAGCAGAAAAGGGAUUAUUCCUAGCCAACAAGUCUGCCCAAGGUGGCCAAAGUGAAGCAGAAGCCCCUCAAGAAGGUCCUUCUCAGCAGGAAGGACCAAGAGCAGAUUCUACUUAUGAUGAUGCCUCUGUCCCGCCUGCCCCUUCAGCCCCUCCAAAGAGAAGGUCCAAACUGUUAACUAAGAUUCAUGAUGGGGAAGUCAGAUCCCAAAAUUAUCAAAUCUCCAUAACCAUCACGGAGGCCCGCCAGCUGGUGGGUGAGAACAUUGACCCUGUGGUGAUCAUCGAAGUUGGGGAUGAGAAGAAGCAGAGCACAGUGAAGGAAGGCACCAACAGCCCCUUUUACAACGAAUACUUUGUCUUCGAUUUCAUUGGACCCCAAGUGCAUCUUUUCGACAAGAUCAUCAAAAUCUCAGUCUUUCAUCAUAAGCUGAUUGGAAGUGUGCUGAUUGGCUCCUUCAAAGUAGACCUGGGGACUGUGUACAACCAGCCUGGUCAUCAGUUCUGUGACAAGUGGGCCCUGCUCACAGACCCUGGCGACAUCAGGACUGGCACCAAGGGGUACUUGAAGUGUGACAUCAGUGUGACGGGGAAAGGCGACAUCUUGAAGACCAGCCCCAAAAUCUCCGAUGCUGAAGAGCAAAUAGAAAAGAAUCUUUUAAUUCCCCAAGGAUUUCCAUCAGAGAGACCCUGGGCCAGAUUCUAUGUAAGACUCUACAAAGCCGAGGGGCUGCCCAAAAUGAACUCCAGCAUCAUGGCGAAUGUCACCAAAGCAUUUGUGGGCGACAGUAAGGACCUCGUGGACCCAUUCGUGGAGGUCUCCUUUGCAGGGCAGACGGGGAAGACCACAGUGCAGAAAAACUGUGCUGACCCCGUGUGGCACGAGCAGGUGGUCUUCAAGGAAAUGUUCCCGCCCCUGUGCCGGAGGGUGAAGAUCCAGGUGUGGGAUGAAGGCAGCGUGAAUGAUGUAGCCCUGGCAACCCAUUUCAUAGACCUGAAGAAAAUCUCCAAUGAGCAGGAUGGAGAUAAAGGCUUCCUACCAACCUUUGGACCUGCUUGGAUUAAUCUAUAUGGCUCACCCAGGAACCACAGUCUGAUGGAUGAUUACCAGGAAAUGAAUGAAGGCUUUGGAGAAGGCGUGUCAUUCCGGGGUCGAAUUUUGGUAGAAAUUGCUGUGGAGAUUCUCUCUGGAGGAGCACAAGAAUCUAAAUUUUCCAAAGCUCUCAAGGAACUCAAAUUACCUUCCAAAUCUAAAGGCUCCAGCAAAGAUAAGUCUGACAAAGGCAGUGAUGGAAAAACUCAGCCGACUUCCGACAAAAGCAAUUCAACAGAGGUGGAAGUGGAACCUUUUGAUGUGCCCCCAGAGAUUGUACCAGAAAAAUAUGAGGAAUUUUUACUUUUUGGAACAUUUUUUGAUGCUACCAUGAUUGACAGGAAGAUUGGGGAUAAACCCAUCAGUUUUGAAGUUUCUAUUGGUAAUUUUGGAAACUUGAUUGAUGGAGGCUCUCACCAUGGGAGUAAGAAAAAGUCGGAAGAACUCACAGAAGAGAGCCUUCCACUGUUGCAUGAAAAGGAAGGGGAUGCUGCCCACCACAGUAUCCCUAUGGUCUCCACCACUCCUCCAGAGAAGCCACAGGUGACAGAAGGGAACAGGAAUUACAACUAUUUGCCAUUUGAAGCUAAGAAACCCUGUGUCUACUUUAUCAGUUCUUGGGGAGACCAGAUAUUUAGGCUCUACUGGUCCAACAUGCUGGAGAAAAUGGCAGACCUCCUGGAAGAAGGUUUAGAAGAAGUGAAAGAAUUGAUUAAGAUUUCAGAGGAAGCACCAGAAGAGAAAAUGAAGACAAUUCUGAAUAACUUUAUCAGUCAAAGCAGUGCCUUUAUCUCUGAAGCAGAAAAAAAGCCCAAGACGUUGAACCAAACCACUUUAGAUAAGAAACGACUUACACUCUGUUGGCAGGAGCUGGAGGCGAUGGCCAAGGAGGCCAAGGGGAUUAUUCAGCAGCAGAAGAAAAAGUUCUCUCUCAAUGAAAUGAUCCAGGCAGCCCAAAACGUAAUGGAAAAAAUUCGCUUUCUUGUGGAUGAGCCUCAGCACACUAUCCCUGAUGUCUUCAUCUGGAUGCUCAGCAAUAACAAGAGAGUGGCAUAUGCCCGCAUUGCUUCCAAAGACCUGCUCUAUUCUCCAGUCAUGGAGCAGAUGGGUAAACACUGUGGGAAGAUCAAAACCCAUUUCCUCAAACUUCCAGGGAAACGAACAUCUGGUUGGUCAGUACAAGCCAAAGUUGACGUGUACCUAUGGCUGGGCCCCACCAAACACUCCAGUGCCAUUUUGGAAAACUUACCAGUAGGUUUUGAAGCUGAAAUACAAUCCAAAGUGUCUGGCACCACCAUUAAACCCCCAGCCAAUCUGCACUACCAAGACCGGCAUACCUUUCAGCUGAGAGCUCACAUGUACCAAGCCCGAGGCCUCAUCGCUGCUGAUAGCAAUGGACUUUCUGACCCCUUUGCCAAAGUCACGUUCCUUUCCCACUGCCAGGCCACAAAGGUUAUUUCCCAGACCCUCUCCCCGACCUGGAACCAGAUGCUGCUCUUCAAUGAUUUGGUACUGCAUGGGGACCAGAAGGAGCUGGCCGAGGCGCCACCAUCAGUGGUGGUGGAGUUAUACGACAGCGAUGCAGUGGGAAAGCCAGAGUACUUGGGUGCCACCGUGGCUUCUCCUGUGGUGAAGCUGGUUGACCAGGACUAUGAGCCACCGAAGCUGAGCUAUCACCCCAUCUUCUGUGGGAACCUCUCUGGAGGGGACCUUCUCGCGGUAUUUGAACUGCUGCAGGUUCCUCCAUCUGGAAUCCAGGGCCUCCCUCCCAUUGACCCACCAGAUGUCACCCAGAUCUACCCUGUUCCUGCAAACAUCCGGCCAGUGUUGAGUAAAUACCGCAUUGAGGUUCUCUUCUGGGGAGUUCGUGAAAUGAAGAAGGUGCAGCUCCUAUCAGUGGACCGGCCUCAGGUUCUCAUCGAGUGCGGGGGACGAGGAGUCAAGUCCUGUGUGAUCCAGAGCUACAAGAACAACCCCAACUUCAAUGUCCAGGCGGACGUUUUCGAAGUGGAGCUGCCUGAGAAUGAACUUCUGCACCCACCCCUGAGCAUCUCUGUGGUGGACUGGAGAGCUUUCGGGAGGAGCACCCUGGUGGGCACCUACACAAUCAACUGCUUGAAGCAGUUUCUGUGCAAAUCCAGGGAGCCCCUGGCCAUCACCUCACAGGUGGACGGACAAGCUACUCCAGAUUCGCUAAAAGCCAUGGACCCCUCUGGAACCAAUAGUGCCUCCCAGGAUGCCCCCAUUGAGUACAUCUCCGUGAAUGUUGAGCCACUUCCCACAGAUGCAACUGAUUCUGCCCAGCCUCAGUCAGCUGUCCUGAUUGACAUCCCUGAUUCACCACCUGUGCAGGAGCCUAAACAAAAGUCUGCAGUCCAAGAGCCACCAAAAGAUGACAAAGCGAAGGAUCCCAGGAGACUUUCUCGGAGGUCUACCAAAAAAAAGAAGAGGACCAUAGCAGAUGAAUCCGCAGAAAAUGUCAUUGACUGGUGGACUAAAUAUUACGCCUCUGUGAAGAAAGCAUUAAAGGAAAAGGAGAGCAAUUCCGAAGAGAAAAAAGAUAACACAGAGGCAAAAUCAGACCAGGUAGUGGUAAACAUAGAAAACAGCCCAAAGAAGAAGAAAGACAAACUACUCAAGAAGAAACCAAAAGAAGAUGAAAUCCCCAAUCUGGCAGUCUUGAAGAUAUAUGAUGGUGAUCUUGAGAGUCAUUUCAACAAUUUUCAAGACUGGGUGAAAACAUUUGAGCUCUUAAGAGGCAAAUCUACAGAAGAAGACCAUGGCCUAGAUGGAGAUCGAGUCAUAGGGAAGUUUAAGGGCUCCUUCUGCAUCUACAAAAGCCCCGAAGAUUCCAGUACUGAGGAUAGCGGGCAGCUGAGAAUCCAGCAAGGGGUUCCCCCCAACCACCCUGUCAAAGUUCUGAUCAGAGUCUACAUUGUGGCCGCAUUCAAUCUCAGCCCAGCUGAUCCAGAUGGCAAAGCAGAUCCUUACAUUGUGGUCAGACUUGGCAAAACAGAAAUCAAAGACCGGGACAAAUACAUUCCCAAACAACUGAACCCAGUAUUUGGAAGGUCAUUUGAGAUUCAGGCCACAUUCCCAAAGGAGUCCCUACUCUCUAUCUUAAUCUAUGAUCAUGACCUGAUCGGCACAGAUGACCUCAUUGGGGAGACCAAGAUUGACCUGGAAAAUCGCUUCUAUAGCAAACACCGAGCCAUCUGUGGCUUGCAGAGCCAGUACGAGAUAGAAGGAUACAAUGCCUGGAGAGAUACGUCCAAACCCACUGAAAUUCUCACCAAGCUCUGCAAAGACAACAAGCUGGAUGGACCACAUUUUAGCCCUGGAAAAAUACAGAUAGGAUGCCAGGUCUUCUCUGGAAAAACGACCUUCACCGAAGAGGACACUGAUGAGACAGUGGAGUCAUAUGAGCACUUGGCCCUCAAGGUUUUACACUCUUGGGAGAAUAUCACGGAGGUUGGGUGCAGGCUGGUUCCUGAACACAUAGAAACUCGACCUCUGUACCACAAGGACAAACCAGGAAUGGAGCAGGGCCGCCUGCAGAUGUGGGUGGACAUGUUUCCCAAAGAUAUGACUCAGCCAGGACCUCCUGUUGACAUUUCACCAAGAAAACCCAAAGGGUAUGAAUUGAGAGUAACCAUCUGGAACACGGAAGAUGUCAUUUUAGAAGAUGAGAAUUUCUUCACAGGACAAAAAUCAAGUGAUAUUUAUGUUAAAGGGUGGAUAAAAGGUUUGGAAGAUGACAAGCAGGAGACAGAUGUGCACUAUAACUCCCUAACAGGAGAGGGGAACUUCAACUGGCGCUUCCUGUUUCCAUUUCAGUAUCUCCCAGCUGAGAAGCAAAUGGUUAUAACCAAGAGGGAGAACAUCUUCUCCUUAGAGAAGAUGGAGUGUAAGACACCAGCUGUAUUGGUGCUUCAAGUUUGGGAUUUUGAAAGGCUGUCCUCAGAUGACUUUCUGGGAACCUUGGAAAUGAACCUCAAUAGUUUUCCUCGAGCAGCCAAGUCUGCCAAAGCCUGUGACCUUAACAAAUUUGAAAAUGCAGAUGAGGAGAACAAGAUCUCCAUAUUCCAGCAGAAGCGUGUGCGAGGCUGGUGGCCUUUUGCUAAAAGCAAAGAACUCACAGGCAAGGUCGAAGCUGAAUUUCACUUGGUCACAGCAGAAGAAGCUGAGAGGAACCCUGUCGGAAAAGCCCGGAAGGAGCCAGAGCCUCUGGCUAAGCCCAACCGUCCAGACACCUCCUUCUCCUGGUUCGUGAGCCCCUUCAAGUGCCUCUACCACCUCAUCUGGAGGAAUUACAAGAAGUACAUCAUUAUCGCUUUUAUUCUGCUCGUCCUCAUCAUCUUCCUGGUCCUCUUCAUCUAUACUUUGCCAGGAGCCAUCAGCCAAAAAAUUGUGGGUUCAUAG